AUGACCCAACGAUCCUCUAUCACCAUCAAGUCAGGAGGCUCUCGGAACUUCAGUGCUUCCUCAGCCAACCUCCUCUCAGGCUGCCGGCCCAGCUUCAGUUCCAUCUCCAUGAUCCAGAGUGGGAAGAGUUUCGGGGGUGGCUUCGGAGGUGGCUUUGGAACCAGGAGCCUCCAUAGCUUUGGGGGUAACAAGAGAAUCUCCAUCAGCAGUGGCUACCGCUCUAACCGAACCAGCUUUGGGGGUGCUGGCUAUGGGCUGGGUCUUGGGAGCAUAGGGUGCAGAGUGGGAGGAGUUGGCAGUGGCUAUGGGUUUGGAGGUGGGAUGAUGUCUGGCGCUGGAGGUAUCCAUGAGGUCACCAUCAACCAGAGCCUCCUGACUCCCCUUCACCUGGAGAUCGAUCCGUCCCUCCAGCGGGUGCGAAAGGAGGAGAAGGAGCAGAUCAAGACCCUUAACAACAAGUUCGCCUCCUUCAUCGACAAGGUGCGGUUCCUGGAGCAGCAGAACAAGGUCCUGGAGACCAAAUGGAGCCUCCUGCAGGAGCAUAAAGCAACCAGGGCCAAUCUCGAGCCCAUGUUUGAAGGCUACAUCAAUAACCUGAGGCGGCAGCUGGACAGCCUUGGGGGAGAGCGCUCGAGGCUGGAGGUGGAGCUGAAGAGCAUGCAGGAAGUGGUGGAGGACUUCAAGAACAAGUACGAAGAGGAAAUAAACAGGCGCACAGCAGCUGAGAACGAGUUUGUAGUGCUCAAGAAGGAUGUGGAUGCUGCCUACAUGAACAAAGUGGAACUGGAGGCCAAGGUGGAAGCCUUAAUGGACGAGAUCAACUUCCUGAGGUCUUUCUAUGAAGCGGAGCUGGCACAGCUUCAUGCCCAGAUCUCUGAGACUUCCGUGGUCCUGUCCAUGGACAACAACCGCAAGCUAGACCUGGACAGCAUCAUCUCUGAGGUCAAGGCCCAAUACGAGGACAUCGCCAACCGCAGCCGGGCCGAGGCUGAGUCCUGGUACCAGAUCAAGUACGAGGAGCUGCAGCGGUCUGCCGGCCGGCACGGGGAAGACCUCCGCUCCACCAGGAUGGAGAUCUCUGAGUUGAACCGGGUGAUACAGAGACUGCGCUCUGAGAUUGAAAACGUGAAGAAGCAGUGUUCCACACUCCAGGCUGCCAUCGCCGACGCUGAGCAGCGUGGGGAGCUGGCCCUCAAGGAUGCCAAGCACAAGCUGGCUGAGCUGGAGGAGGCCCUGCAGAAGGCCAAGCAGGACAUGGCACGCCAGCUGCGUGAAUAUCAGGAGUUGAUGAAUGUCAAGCUGGCCCUGGACAUUGAGAUAGCCACCUACAGGAAGCUGCUGGAGGGCGAGGAGUGCAGACUCACUGGAGAAGGUGUCGGGCCCGUGAAUAUCUCCGUGGUCUCCUCCUCUGGGGGCUCGGGCUACAGCGGGGGCGGCGGCCUCUGCGUGACCGGGGGUGGCUAUGGCUUCGGCAGCAGCGGCUUCGGCAGCAGCGGCGGCAGCUUCAGCUCCACCAGCGGCCGCGGCAUGAGCGGCACCAGCUCCAGCAUGCGCAUCAUCUCCAAGACCUCAUCCAGCAAGAGUUACAGGAGCUAA